AAGUAACAUGCUUCUUAGUCUAUUUCCCAACCAAGUCACAACUUUCCCUUUGACAAUUACUGCAAAAACCAUACUUUAUGUCCACUUUCUUAAUUGGUUCUUCACACUUCUCAUCUGAAAACACAAUUACAAGCCACAAAGUAAGCAAAAGCAACCAAAAUGGUUAUGAAAAUGGGUAUUUCAAACCCAUUCAAAGAUCAACUCCACUCCCUCACCAAAAAACUUUUUCCUUGGACUCUCUAUGCUCUACUUCCCAUUGCUCUUCUUAGUUUAUAUCUCUACCCUCUUCCCUUUCUUCCAUCUACUGAAUCUGAACUUCCUCAUUCUACUACCACCAUCAUUUCCCACUCUUCACCUCCUUCUUUUACUUCUACACCUCCUCCUUUAGAAAAGGAAAAUACUUUUGACACCCCUACAUGUGACUACUUCAAUGGAAAAUGGAUCCGUGAUAGAAGAGGACCUUUAUACAAUGGAACAACAUGUGGAACAAUCAAAGAAGGACAGAAUUGUAUCAAACAUGGAAGACCAGAUUCUGGUUAUCUAUACUGGAGAUGGAAACCAAGUGAAUGUAAGCUUCCAAGGUUUGAGCCUAACACUUUUCUUCAAUUCAUUGAAAACAAACACAUGGCUUUUGUUGGUGAUUCUAUGGCUAGGAACCAGUUAGAGUCACUUCUUUGUUUGUUAUCUAGUGUUUCAACACCUGAUCUUGUUUACACAAGCGGUGAAGAUAAUAAAUUUAGAAAGUGGCAUUUUGUUUCUCACAAUGCAAGUGUGUCGGUGUAUUGGUCCCCUUUUCUUGUUCAAGGUGUUGAGAAAUCAAAUGACGGGCCAAAUCAUAAUAAGUUGUAUUUGGAUCUUGUUGAUGAAAAAUGGGCAAAGGAUAUGGAAAAAAUGGAUUUUAUUGUGCUUUCAAUUGGUCAUUGGUUUUUGCAUCCCGCAGUUUACUACGAGGGUGAUUCAGUUUUAGGUUGUCAUUAUUGUGUUGGUCUUAAUCAUACUGAAAUUGGGUUUUAUGAUGUAUUGAGAAAGGCUUUAAGAACUACUCUUAAUAGUAUAAUUGAUAGGAGAGGAAAUAAAGGUAGUAAAAUUGAUGUACUAGUUACAACAUUUUCACCAGCUCAUUUUGAAGGUGAAUGGGAUAAAGCUGGUGCUUGUCCAAAGACUAAGCCUUAUAGAAGUAGGGAGAAGGAACUUGAAGGAAUGGAUAGUGAGAUGAGGAAAAUUGAGGUUGAAGAAGUUGAAGAUGCUAAGGUGAAAGGUAGUGAAUUUGGAGGGGUUAGGUUUGAGGCACUUGAUGUAACUAAAUUGGCAUUGUUGAGACCAGAUGGUCAUCCAGGUCCUUAUAUGUACCCUUUUCCAUUUGCCAAUGGUGUUCCAGAACGUGUGCAGAAUGAUUGUGUUCAUUGGUGUUUGCCUGGACCUAUAGACACAUGGAAUGAGAUUUUUCUGGAGAUUAUGAAGAAAUGGGAGGACAAUCCAAGAACUCAAGAGUGAAGAGUUAGGUAUUUAGUAUUUACUAUAUCUUGUUUGUUAAUUUUUUAUUUGUUAUACCUUCUUCAUAUUAUGGAUAUUGCAUUGAAAUAGGUUAAAUUUUGUUUUUGAUAGAGAACAGAAGCAAUUUCAAUUGAGGAAGGAUUAGUUAUUGUUUAUUCACUACUUUCUUGUUCUAUAAUAGAAAAGGAGUAAGGACUUAAUUAUUUAUUAAAGAUAUUUUAUAUUGGUGAUGAAAAA